UACCGGGGCGACGGGCCGGGUGGUGCGCUGGCCGGGUCCUCGCGGCCGGUCCCGCGGGUCUGGAGGGCCCGGCCAGGCAGGGGAGCGUCGGGCAGGCUGGGGACCCGGCCAUACCUGCCCGCCCUCCCGGCUGCGCGCCCCUCGGCCGCGCUCGGCGCCGGGGCGCGGGAUGCACAUGGGAGCCCGGGGCGCCCAAGAUGCGGGCGCCGGCCAGGGAGCUCUUCCAGGACGCCGCCUUCCCCGCCUCGGACUCCUCGCUCUUCUCCAGCUUCUCCACGCCGCUGGCCCAGUUCCGGGAGGACAUCACUUGGAGGCGGCCCCAGGAAAUUUGUGCCGCACCCCGGCUGUUUCCAGAUAACCCACAGGAAGGACAGGUGAAGCAAGGCCUGCUGGGGGACUGCUGGUUCCUGUGCGCCUGUGCUGCCCUGCAGAAGAGCCGCCACCUCCUGGACCAGGUGUCUGUGACAGUGCAGGUCAUUCCUCCAGGACAGCCGGGCUGGCUCGACCAGACGUACCGUGGCUCCUUCACCUGUCGAAUUUGGCAGUUUGGACGCUGGGUGGAGGUGACCAUAGAUGACCGUCUGCCUUGUCUUACAGGGAGACUCUGCUUCUCCCGGUGCCAGAGAGAGGAUGUGUUCUGGCUUCCCUUACUGGAGAAGGCCUACGCCAAGAUCUAUGGGUCCUAUGAACACCUGUGGGCCGGGCAGGUGGCGGAUGCCCUCGUGGACCUGACUGGUGGCCUGGCAGAAAGGUGGAACCUGAAGGACUUGGUGAGAACCAGUGACCGACAGGACAGGCCUGGGGGCUCAGAACACAGGACUUGUCGGCAGCUGCUCGACCUGAAAGACCGGUGUCUGAUAAGCUGCUCGGUGCUCAGCCCCAGAGCAGGUGCCAGGGAGUUGGGGGAGUUCCAUGCCUUCAUUGUCGCAGAUCUGCGAGAGCUGCGGGGUCGGGCCGGUCAGAGCGUCCUGCUGCUGAGGAUCCACAACCCCUGGGGCCGGCGGUGCUGGCAAGGGCCCUGGAAGGAGGGGGGCCCAGGGUGGAGCCAAGUGGAUCCGGCAGAUGCAACCGAGCUGCUGUCCCAGCUCCAGGAGGGGGAGUUCUGGGUUGAGGAAGAGGAGUUCCUCCGAGAGUUCGAUGAGGUCACUGUCAGCUACCCCAUCACCGAGGCCGGCCACCUGCAGAGCCUCUACUCAGAGAAGGUGCUGUGCCACACUCAGGAGCUGCCUGGGGCCUGGGUCAAGGGGCAGUCUGCAGGAGGCUGCCGGAACAACAGUGGCUUUCCCAGCAACCCCAAGUUCUGGCUGCGGGUCUCAGAGCUGAGCGAGGUGUACGUUGCCGUCCUGCAGAGGCCCAGAAUGCGCAUGGCGGACUGGGCGGCCCGGGCCCGGGCACUGGCAGGGGCUGACCGUGCCGCGUACAGCCCAGAGAGCUUCCCAGGCAAGGACUACCAGGCCGUGGGCCUGCACAUCUGGAAGGUGGAGAAGCGGCGGGUCAGCCUGCCCAGGGUCCUGUCCGCACCUCCCGUGGCUGGCACUGUGUGCCAUGCGUACGACCGGGAGGUCCACCUCCGCUGUGAGCUCACCCCGGGCUACUACCUGGCUGUCCCCAGCACCUUCCUGAAGGACGUGCCGGGGCGCUUCCUGCUCCGAGUCUUCUCCAGCGGGAGAGUCUCCCUCAGUGCCAUCAAGGCCGCGGCCAAGAGCCCCGCCCCUGGGGAGGCCCUGCCCACCGGGGAGUGGGAGACUGUGCGACUUCGGGGCUCCUGGAGAAUCGGCCAGACAGCGGGGGGCAGCAGAAACUUCGCCUCCUACCCCACCAACCCCUGCUUCCCCCUCACGGUCCCCGAGGGCGUGGGCCCCCGCUGCGUCCGAAUCACUCUGCGCCAGCACUGCCAGGACAGCAAGUACCACCCCAUCGGCUUCCACGUCUUCCAGGUCCCGGUGGCUGGUGGGAGGCAGGGCAUGCCGUCCCUGCUGCUCCAGGAGCCUCUGCUGAGCUGCGUGCCACAUUGCUACACCCAGGAAGUGAGCCGGCUCUGCCACCUGUCUGCGGGGGCCUACUGGAUUGUGCCCUCCACCUACCUGCCCGACACAGAGGGGUCCUUCACGGUGACCAUUGCCACCAGGAUAGACAGGCAGUCCAUUCACAGCCAGGAGAUGCUGGGGCAGCUCCUCCAGGAGGCCUCCUUCAUGGCAGUGAUGAAAACCUAACCGGAUGGCCCCGCGUGUCAGCUCUGGUGAUGGGGGGUCUGAGGGGACUCCUGGUCUCCACGGCGUCCUCACAUGGUGCUGCCAGUCUCAGUGCUGCAGUGGCUGGUCCUGAGCUGGGCGGCUGCACGUGAAGAGCCCCCGUCCUGGAGAGAGGCAGCCUGGGGUCGAGCAGGUGCUGUGGGAGGUGCCAGAACACUUCCGUGGUGCCUCUUUGUUCCGCAGAGCUUUCCAGAAACCCUCCCCCUCGUCUCUCCUUGGCCACGGAGAGGCCUUAGAGCAGGCGAGAGUGUACCUCGACCAGGUCUGUUUGGAACUGUUACCUGAGGCGUUUCUGGGACAUAACUUGAUAAACGUGUGGGAGCACCGAGCAGCCUGCGCGAGUCUCAUUUCAAGUGGCCUGCGGCUGAUCGGCCCUCACUGAGCAAGCAGCGCGGGCCCUCCGCCCUGCUGGGUGGGUGCUGCCGAGACUGUGGGUGGCCACGGCCUCUGCAGGGGGACCAGGUGGCCUGUGAGGUGGCAGGGCUGGGUCUGAGGAGGAGGUGGCAGGUGGUGAGGAGAAGUUUGGAAGGUUGAGAAAGAGGAGCAGGGGCACAGGGUGUGCUCCAGGACAGGACGGGAGGGAGCCGGCCCAGAAACAAAUUGAUGCCUGUCGCCUCUCCCCACCCAUGCUGGGCCCACCUCUCCUGGCUGCCUUCCAGUCGCCUGGAGCACCUCUCAAAUGGUCUUCCCAGGCAUGGAGAGACCCCAGCGGCCUGCUUCCUUCCUGUAGGAGGUGCCAGAUAUAAUCGUAUGCUCUUGACUUGGGAGGGGGUGUCCCCUUAGGCCUCUGAGCCCUGCACCCCUAACCAUUUCUGACGCGGUGGGCCCUGAUCUUGGCCUGGUUUGUCUCCUGUCACCUCUUGCUCUUCCAACUCAGUGAGCACAUGUGGUUGACGUAACCUGGGGGUCUUGCCAGCUGGGUCACUUUUCCUGUAUGGUGACAGGUUCCCAAAAAAACCACCAAUGCCUGUUGUUUGUUCUGCACACAUAUGAGCUCUGUCUUAUCUUUCCUGACUUAUUCCAUCAUGGCUGCACACCCGGACCUGAGGCCUUGGUGCUCUGCUGGACCGGGCCUGCCCCUCAGGGGCCACAUUGAAUCACAUGGAGAUGUGAUGGGCACGUCUUCAGAGCCCCAAGGGCGGUCCCAGUCUCCCACAGACGGGUCCUAGUUGCCAGUGGACAGUGAGUGACCAGCUCCAAACCCCAUGGGAGUGACUUUCUUCUCAGACCCAGGUUGGACUCUGAGGCAGAUGCUGGAACAAGUUUGGGGUGCACACUGUUUGUAAGGGAGGGGGGAGGAAGCCUGAUUGUUGCUGGCCCUCCAGCCCAGGACCUCGCCAGGGAGCACUGGAAUGUCCAGUGACCCACAUGGGGCUGAAAUGCUGGGUGUUUAUGCCCUGCCUGGCUCAGUCUCCCAGGCAGGCCACCCCUGCGGUGUCACCGUGGCCGAGGCUGCCCCCCAGAGCCAGGGCUGCCCCCUAGAGCCGAGGCUGCCCCCUAGAGCCAAGGCAGCCCUGAAGGAGCUGACAGUAGGUGGCUGGGUGCCCAGCAUGCUGUCCCCAGGGGGUCUGGAGAUGCAGCUGUGGCCCUCCCUCCAGUCACUCCUCCUGUCCAGCCAACUUCCCAUUAGCUGCCCGUUGCCCCUUCUCAGAAGUGUCUGUUGGGGUGAAAACUGUGUCAACCCAGUGACGUCCUCAGUCGGGACCUUGGUGAGGGGACUUGCUCUUGGCCUGACAGCCUGGGAGAGGGACCCCUGGCCUAUGCCUGGCGGGCUUGUAGGGAGGGAGGGUGCUAGGGACUGAGUUGUGUCCCCCCAGAUUCGUAUGUGGAAGCCCCAGCCCCCAUGUGGUGGUGUGAGGAGGUGGGGCCAUCGGGAGGUGACUGGGUUUAGAUGAGGUCCUGAGGGGCCCAUGAUGGGAUUAAUGUCCUUAUGAGGAGAGAGACCAGAACUUCCCAUGAGGACACGAGAAGGUGGCCAUCUGCCAGCCAGGGCCCGAAUUUGCCAGCACCUUGACCUUGGGCUUCCAGCCACCAGAACUGUGAGCAAUAAAUGUCUCUUGUUUAGCCCCCCA